AUGGGGAUGCUAACAUUUGCUCGUUUCCUCAGCCGGCCUUACCCUCACUAUCAAGACGGCCCUACCAUCUUCUCCUUCCAACAACAGUUCCUCAUGCAGGACGCCAGCGCGCGUGAGCGUAGAAAAUCGUCCACCGGCACCAUGGCUUCCGAGUCUAUUGCCUCCACUCCGCUUCUCGAACCUCUCGAUAACCCCUUCCUUGACGACUAUGACCACGAUGAUUAUUACUCCCCUCCAGCUUCUCCCAAACUGUCGCGCUCCAACAGUAGCUCCUAUCAAGAAGACUGGGAGACCUUCCCGCCUCUUGAUAAGCUCAGCAUCUUCGAUCUGCUCGACAAUAUCCAGCUCACACAGCGCUUUGAGAAAUGGCAACACGCGAUCAACCUGCAGAAGGAGAAGGUCCAGAAGCAGCGCGAGAAGCUUCGGACCACCGGCCAAACCGCUAGAAACCGCGUGGUGGGCGAGUUCAAGCGUCGCGUUCCGACCGCCGAUGAACAGCUCGACAAAUAUCGCCGUCGCAUGAAGACCGGUGUCGAGCGCUUGGGUAAACAAUGGAGCAAGACAGCGACCGUUACCUUGCGCGAGAAGACCUCUUUCAUCGCUGGCGUGCUCAACAUUUUCAUCAGCGGCUAUCUGAUCGGUGCUUGCCCAGAGUACUUCUACUAUUGGUACACCCUGCAACUGGCCUACUUCAUGCCGAUCCGCUACUUCACCUACCACGCCAAGGGCUACCACUACUUCCUCGCCGAUCUCUGUUACUUUGUCAACGUGCUUUGCAUGCUCUGCGUCUGGGUAUUCCCGUCCUCGAAACGGUUGUUUAUUGGCACCUUUUGUUUAACGUUCGGAAAUAAUGCGGCGGCCAUCGCAAUGUGGCGCAACUCACUUGUUUUCCACAGUAUGGACAAGGUUGUCAGCACCUUUAUCCACAUCAUGCCUCCUGUUACCCUGCACUGCAUGGUCCACUUGACGCCAGUGGAUAUGCUGAAAGAACGAUUUCCCGCAAUCUACUCGAUCAAGUUCAGCCAGCCCGGUGACCCGGAGCACUACUCACUUGGUGCGAUGAUUAUUUGGGCCACAGUACCCUAUAUCGUCUGGCAACUGGGAUACCAUUUCCUGAUUACCGUACGCCGCGCCGAUCAGAUCGCCGCGGGACGUCCGACCAGCUUCACCUGGCUCCGAAAGUCCUACGCCAAGGCUUGGAUCGGAAAGCUUGUUUUGAGUCUGCCCAACGCUCUCCAGGAGCCAGCCUUCAUGUUCAUUCAGUAUGGGUUUGCUUUGUCGACCAUGAUCCCCUCGCCGAUCUGGUUCUGGUACCGCUGGGCGAGCGGUCUUUACAUGGCGGCCUUGUUCACCUGGAGUAUUCACAACGGCGCCACCUAUUAUAUUGACGUCUUUGGCAAGCGCUUCCAGAAAGAGCUGGAGCAGCUGAAGCAGGACGUUGCACGAUGGCAAAGCUCGCCCGAGGGUGGCGGCGUUAGCCCAUAUAUUUUCCCGGAUAGUGCCUCCGAUGCUUUGAACGCACCGGUCCCACUCGAGAAACGGAACAGCGUCGAUCGGAUCCCACUUCUGGAUCCGAUGGCGGUAGUCACCACUGGCACCGAGGACCCGGCCAAGACCGAUUCCAUGCUUCGAGAGAGAAAUUAA